AUGUGGCUGCGGGCUACUAGUGGCAGAUUUGUGCGGACAGUAUCCGGACCUAACGCCCUAGCUGUUCCUGUCUGUGGAUACUGUGUGCUAUGAUUUGUUUAUAAAAUCCGCUUUACACUGAGAUGAGCAGAAUAGAUGGUGAUCUUUGAAAAUGAAUUUCUUUCCAAUCAAAUCCAUGUUGCACUGACGGCAGUGAAAGCAUUCUGGCUUGGCAUGCCAAUGGAAGUCUUGAUAAUUCAAGCGUUUCUCGUCGGGACCGAUCUUUUGACCACACGUGUCACAGUUCCGAGCAAAGUGUUUCAUGUAGCAGUCGAUACAGUGUGGAUGAUCGUUCUUCAUCAUGUAGCGAUGGCCGCCAAGACGAAAAUCACAUUUGAGACAAGCAAAGUGAUCGAAAUGCCAGGACUUCUCUUCAGCAAAUGUGUAUUCACGAGCGAAAAUCAGCUCAUCACAUCCAGCGCAUCGUGGAUAUUGUAAAUCAGCGAAAUGCCUCCCACAGUAGUAUUUACCUUGGUAAUGGAAAUAAAGCAUAUCGACAAGCAGUUGAUCACACUGGGCACAUCGGAAGCAGUUCGGAUGCCACACAUCCUAUAA